AUGGCAAUCAUCACAGAAGAUGAACUACGAGUCCACACUGAGAGAACUAAGCAGAUGGGAACAGCGCUUGCUGCCAAAGUGCUCCUUCGGCAGAUCCCUUCUCAGGAGUUUGCCGAGAAUAAGCAUUUGGAGGGAUUCUGGUUGGUGAAUGCUACUGCAGUCAAUGUUUCUGAAGAGGACAAUAGUUACAGGAAUGGCAACUGUUUGACGGAGCUCAAGGGCAUGGGAAUGGUUCGGUGGGGAACCCGACGACAGGUCAAGUUUCUGGAAAGGCACAACGAAAACAUAAGUGGCAACCUUCGGUCUCCUUCGAGUUUUAGAACAGGUGGUAAAAAGGCAAUUGAAGUCAUUAGAAAACCAGCAGAAGCUAAAGAUGAAGAUGAUAACGAUGAUGAACAAGAAGAAAGGGAAGAAGAUGAUGGAGAUGAUGAUGAAAGGGAAGACGACGUGGUUGAUGUUGCAAACGAAGAAACUGAGGCAGAAGAGGAGACCCAAGAGAUGAAUAGAAAUCUCAAGAGAAAGAGGUACAAGCUGAGAAAUGGUACUACCAGACAGAAGGCAAAGAAAGUUGAACGUGAGAAGAAGAAGAAGCUUAAGAAGACUCACGCCAGGAGGGGCAGAAACAAAUGCCGGGAACUCUUAGUGAUGGAAAACCCCAAAGAUAGAUGGUCUGCUGAGAGGUACCAACUUGCAACAAAGAACCUUUUGGAGGUUAUGAAAGCCAAGGGGGCCACAGCUGGUAACCCAAUUCUCAGGCCCGACCUGAGGGCAGAGGCAAGGAAGAAGAUUGGGGACACUGGGCUGUUAGAUCAUCUCCUCAAGCACAUGGCCGGUAAGCUUGCACCAGGUGGAGAAGAACGGUUCAGGAGGCGGCAUAAUGCGGAUGGUGCGAUGGAGUACUGGUUAGAAAGUGCUGAUCUUGUCAAAAUAAGGCAGGAUGCUGGUGUGAAUGAUCCCUAUUGGAUCCCACCACCUGGAUGGAAGCCUGGUGACUGCCCCACUCAGGACCCUAUCUGCGCUAAGGAGUUGAGGCUCUUGAAAGAAGAGAUUUCCCAUCUUAAAAGAAAUGCACUGGAGAUGGCGCCCAGAAAGCAGCUGGAGGAGGAAGUUGGAAAGCUAAGAAGAGAGAUUGACAAGCUUGUCUCCAACAAGAAGCAAGGGGUAAACCAAGCUAUUGGAUUUUCGUCAAAUCAGUGCGACAUCAGUGAAAAGUUCGAUCAGCUUGCUAAUUCAUUGGUUUCUUCAAAGUCUCAUCUUUCCGAACUACCCGUUUCACUGGAGAAGUACAAGGAUCAAUUAAUUGUCAUUCAAGAUUUUGCAAGAGGAAUAGAGGUAGCAGCUAUCUGA